CUCCAUAAUCGAAUACGCCUACGACCUCCGUAUUCUACAGAAACACAAGCAACUCACAACUCACUUUAUCAUCACAUCGUAAACUUAUACAACAUCAACAGCAACCAUGUCGUCCACGCUCCAAUCCAUCGCCUCGGCCAUCCCCUCGAUCGGCAAGGCAAAGCUCUUGAUCAACUCGAACGACGAUGUCGUCAUCUGCAGUACCGUCCGAACCGCCUUGACCAAGGCCAAGAAGGGCGGGUUCAAGGAUACGUGUCCUGAAGAACUCCUCGCCGCCGUCCUCCGGGAAGCUUACACCCGGGCCAAGCUCGACCCUUCCAAGAUCGAGGAUAUCGCCGUCGGAAACGUCCUCCCUCCCGGUGGCGGUGCUAGCGUAGCUAGGAUGGCCUCCCUCUACGCCGGAAUCCCCAACACCACCUCGAUCAACACUUUGAACAGACAGUGUUCGUCCGGGUUGACCGCCGUCGUCCAGAUUGCCAACGAGAUCAAGGCCGGAGAGAUCGAUAUCGGUAUCGGUGCCGGUGUCGAAUCCAUGAGCAUGGGCUGGGGAUCCGGCGUCAUGCCAGAGAAAAUGUCCGAAAAGGUCCUCUCAUGCCAAGAAGCCGCCGACUGCUUGAUCCCUAUGGGGAUGACCUCGGAGAACGUGGCCGAGCAGUACAACAUCUCCAGGGACGUCCAGGAUACUUUUGCUGCCAACAGUUACGCCAAGGCUUUGAGGGCGCAGAAGGAUGGCAAGUUUAGGAGCGAGAUCGUGCCCGUCAAGGUCAAGAUCGUCGACCCCAAGUCGGGCGAGGAAAAGGAGAUGAUCGUCGAUACCGACGAUGGCAUCCGUGACGGCGUCACCGCCCAGUCCCUGAGCAAGAUCAAGCCCGCUUUCAAAAAGGACGGAGCGACCCACGCCGGGAACGCCUCUCAAGUCUCUGACGGAGCCGCCGCCGUCCUCCUCGCCAGACGUUCCGUCGCCAAACAGCUAGGCCUACCCAUUCUAGGAAAAUUCGUCAUCUCCACCGUCGUCGGAGUACCGCCCAAGAUCAUGGGUGUCGGUCCGGCUUAUGCCAUCCCCAAGGUCCUAGCCAAGGCCGGGAUCAGCAAGGAGGAUGUCGACCUUUACGAGAUCAACGAGGCGUUCGCCAGUCAGGCCGUGAUGAGCAUCCAACAUAUCGGGCUGCCUUAUGAAAAGGUCAACCCGGUCGGUGGAGCCAUCGCUUUCGGUCACCCUCUGGGAGCGACCGGUGCUCGACAGAUCGCUACCGCCAUGGCACAGGCCAAGCGGGAAGGCAGCAAGAUCAUCGUGACGAGCAUGUGUAUCGGAUCGGGUAUGGGUAUGGCUGCGGUGUUCGUCAACGAGCAGUAAAUAUGUAGGAUCAGUCAAAGAAUAAGGCGGAUAUUGUACGAUAGGUGGUGAUAUUGUGAAACGAGAAUACAUAUUAUUGUAUGGUACAGGCCGUACAGUGCAGCCAGAUAUGAGUUGGUACUAUCAAGGGAAUAUCAAAGUCGG